AUGCUGAGUUGGCGCAAAAGGCAGAGCAUUCAGCUGGUCAUCCCCGGCCCAGACAAUGUCGUUGUGGAUGGCGUACAAGCUUUCUUCAAGGAAAAGGAAAUUCCUUGCUUUUGCCGUAGCAAAGCUGCCGCCGAGCUGGAAGGCUCAAAAGCUUACGCGAAGGCGUUUAUGAGCAAAUAUUCGACCCCGACGGCCCGCUAUGAACAUUUUCAAUCAUCGGCGAAAGACUAUAUGGAAGGAUUAAGUGAGAGCAUUGUCAUCAAAGUGGAUGGCCUUGCGGCCGGUAAGGGCGUCGUGCUUCCUGAGAAUCGCCAAGAAGCAUAA